AUGUUUUUAAAAUAAUUAACAAAACAUCAUAUAUUCAAAUUAUUAUUGUAACCAUUAAAUUUCCAGAAAUCAGAUAUCUCAUCCAUAUAUGAUUCAAUAAAUUUAAAAAAUUAAUUAAGCUAAAUUGCACACGACGCAAUUCGCUAUAAACUUCUUCCUUCGGAAAAACGCGAAUUAACUUACGAAGAAAAAAAUAAUGAUAGAAUAGUUUAAAGUUAUUUCUCAUAUGCUGAAUACAAUAUAAGAGUAUAUGAAUCAAUAAAUACAAAAAUAGAUAAUUUAUAAGUAAAUUAUCCACGAAAUUGUUAUUACGAAGUGAUUUUGCCUUGUAAAACCAAUAAAAAUAUUGCUAAAUUAAUGGAGUUGUUUGAUAAAAGAACAGUUCGUUUAGGCAGACUGUUCGAAUUAUACGAUUAUGUUGCUACUACAGUUGCUUAUAAAUAUGUAUAUGUGAAAUAGGCUGUAAUAAUGGCUGCGUGUGUAGAUAAUAUUUAGUUUUAUCAAAACGUUUGUCCAAGUAAAGAUAUUGUACUGAGAGGAUAUCCUACAUUUAUAGGAAGUUCUAGUAUAGAAGUUUAGCUUGAUUUAUUAUAGGAAAAUAUAGAUACAUAAUAGCUUUAAUUAAUUGGGAAAGCCAAUUUUCUGUUAGUUGCGAGAAAUAAAGAUAAUAUAAAAUUUGCUCAUUUAGUUCCUAAGUUAUUAUUUGAUGAAGAAAAUAAUUUGAAAAAUUGCCAAUUAUUAUAUCUUUUGGGAUAAUAAAAUUAAUAAUAAAGAAAAAACGCAUCAUUAACUUCAUUAAAAAAAUAACCACCUUCUUAAUAGGAAAAUCUAAUAAUUCAUAACUUUUUUACCUCUGAAGAUAUGAAAAAAAAUAAAAGAUAAAUUAAUCAUACAAGAUUGGAUAAAAAUAUAAUUAUGCAUAAAUAAGAUUCAAAUUUACAUGGAAAUAUUUUUGGAGGAUACUUAAUGAGAGAAGCCUAUGAAUUAGGAUGGCUUUGUGGAACUUUACAUGCUGAAACUUAAUAAAUAGUGAUUUCUGCUAUUGAUGAUUUCUAAUUUAUUAACGGUGUAGAAGUAGGCUCCAUUUUAGAAUUAAAUGCUUAAGUAGGAUACGUAAGUUAUGAUAAUGUAAUGCAUAUUGUUGUUGAGUGUUUUUCAGUAAAUAAGUAACUUUAAGUGUUAAAGACUAAUGAUUUGCAUUUAACUUUUGUUUUAGAUUAACUUAAUCCUAUUAAAAUUUAAUAAGUUUAUCCGAAUACUUAUAAAGAAGCAAUGGUUUAUUUAGAUUCUUAACGUAGAGUUAAGAAAUGCAUGCAUAAUCAUUGA